AGGUAGAAAAGGCGGUUUUAUUUGCGUGAAGAAAAACAGGAAAAGGCGUGUUUGAUUUUUUUGGAUAUUAUGCUGUUUCCAGAAGAUAAAUAUUUUACAGAAUCUCAACCUAACGGUGAUUUUAAACGUCUAGAAAUUCCAUAUGUCUACCGAGCGGAAAAAUUUCACUUCAAGUACAAUGAUUUUAGUAAGCAGUUUGCUUAUAUUUAUGCAUCUCGAUUGCAAGAGAUAGCUCGAUUGAUGAAGGAUCGGAUAAAGGCGAAAUGGGGAGAUAAGUACCCGGUAAAACAAUUGGCUGAUUUAAAGGAGGAAAGUCAAGAACAAUGUAUCAUUAUCGGAACUUUGUUUAAACAUCAGGAGCUGAAGCCUAGCAUUCUCAGAGAAAUAUCGGAGGAGAACCAGUUGGUUCCGCAACCACCGAGAUCCCAUUACACCGACGAUUCAGACAUCUUAAUUCUGGAGGAUGCACUUCAGCGUAUUCGAUUGGUCGGCAAGAUGAAUGUUCACACCAUCGUAACCGGAGUCGUUUGUGCUGUGCUAGGUUACGAGGACAGUGAUGGACGAUUCCAGGUAGACGAUUAUUUAUUUUACGAGUGCGGGCCACAGAAAUCAUUGCAACCGUUAGAAUGUUCACCGUUGGUCGUGUUGAUUUCCGGCUUAAAUCAGAACUCUCCAAACGAUUAUUCCCUGCCUAUGGAACUUUUACAACAAUGGAUAUUUGGCAAUCUGGAAGGUUUUGGUCAAACUUGCGAUUGGGAAGCGGCAAGCAUCGUUCGAGUGAUCAUUGCUGGAAACUCGAUAAAGGCAACAGUGAAACCGAAAAGUAAUUUACAUAAUCGCCCUUCCACUGAUUCUGAUGAUCUGGUCAAUGCAGUCAAAGCAGUAGACUCUUUUGUGUAUAACCUGUCCCAAUCGGUCAACGUGGAUUUGAUGCCAGGGGAAUUCGAUCCGGCCAACCAUAUGCUGCCGCAGCAACCAAUGCAUCACUGUAUGUUCCCGAAGUCGGCUCCAUUCAGAACUUUUCGGGGUGUUCCGAAUCCGUAUGCUUGCGAAAUCGCUGAUCGUCUAAUCCUCGGUACUUCCGGACAAAAUGUACUGGAUAUUUCGCGUUAUUCUAAGAUUGAGGAUCCUUUGGAAGCGUUGAAGAUGACUUUGGUUUGGAGUCACUUGGCACCAACUGCCCCUGAUACCUUGCCUUGUUACCCCUACUAUCAGCAGGAUCCGUUUAUAAUUGACGAAUGUCCACAUGUAUACUUUGCUGGAAAUACGAAUGUAUUUCGUACGGAAGUAUGGCACGGUUCUGGUGGGCAAAGUACGCGAAUAAUUUGUGUUCCUUCUUUUGCUGAAUCUUGUACGGUUGCCGUGGUGAAUUUGAGGACUCUUGAAUGCGAACCAAUUUGCUUUAAGGUUGAUGAAUUUGAUCAUGCUGAAGAAUAAUGUUUAGUAUUUCAA